AUGGAGCGGGCGCUGGGGCUGCCCGCAGAAGAGGACCUCUUCCACAAGAGCCUCGCCGCCUCGGCCAAGCGCAUGGAGUCCGCCUUCCGCUCGCCCCCGGGGCUCGACCUCUCCCACCCCCGCGACCGCCAGCCCUCGCCGCUCGCCUGCUACGAGGCGGCGGAGCCCGAGGCGCUGCUGCAGCCCGGCGUCGGCGGCGACCCGCUGGCGCUGCCGCCGGGCUCCGUCUGCGUCAAGUACGGCGAGAGCGCCAGCCGCAGCUCGGUGGCCGAGAGCAGCGGCGGCGAGCAGAGCCCCGACGACGACAGCGACGGCCGCUGCGAGCUGGUGCUGCGCGGCGCCGGGGGGGACCCGCGCGUCGCCUCGCCGGCGGCGGGCGGCGGCGGCGGCGGCGGCGGGGGGGGCGGGGGGCUGAAGGCGGCCGAGGGCGGCUGCUCCAACAGCCACGGGCACGGCGGCAGCAAGAAGUCCAAGGAGCAGAAGGCGCUGCGCCUCAACAUCAACGCGCGGGAGCGGCGGCGGAUGCACGACCUGAACGACGCGCUGGACGAGCUGCGGGCGGUCAUCCCCUACGCGCACAGCCCCUCGGUGCGGAAGCUCUCCAAGAUCGCCACGCUCCUCCUGGCCAAGAACUACAUCCUGAUGCAGGCGCAGGCCCUGGAGGAGAUGCGGCGCCUGGUGGCUUAUCUCAACCAGGGCCAGGCCAUCUCGGCCGCCUCCCUGCCCAGCUCCGCCGCGGCGGCGGCGGCGGCGGCGGCGGCGCUGCACCCCGCCCUCGGCGCCUACGAGCAGGCGGCCGGCUACCCCUUCAGCGCCGGGCUGCCCCCCGCCACCUCCUGCCCGGAGAAAUGUGCCAUUUUCAACAGCGUCUCGUCCAGCCUCUGCAAACAGUGCACGGAGAAGCCUUAA